UAAUAAUAAUAUUAUUCAGCAUUCAUCAUCUAGUAAUGGUGGAGGCGAAAAAUGACGAAAAAAUAAGUUAGCAGAAUAAAAAUUUAUUAUACUUCUAUAUCAGGCUAAAGUAAUAAAAUUAAAUCGAGCUAAAAUAAAGCAUUUUUAAUUUUAGAAUAAAAAUCAUGGCCUUUAUAAAAAAUAGAUGUUGCUUCUGAUAAAAAGAGUGUUUAAUUUGUUUAAGCUUUUAAGGAAUAUGGAUAUGAAUUGCCUUUAAUAUUCAUUGAUGACAUGUACAUUGGUGAUGGUGAGAAAUUGCAAGAAUUAGAGGAUAAUGGAUUUUUAGAUGAAAUUUACGAGUAACAAUAUUUGCAAAGAUGUUUAUUAUGCAAUAUGGAUAGAAAAACUGAAGAUCAAAAGUAUUGCAUCGAUUGUAAAUAAAAUUUGUUAUUUUUUCGAGUAAUUUGA